CACAGUUCAGAGAGGCAGCACAGCAGAUAAUCUGCAUACAAGAAGAGCCAUUUGAAAGACCUCUCCUCUUCUCUUCUCCUUCAGAUAAGAUAUGGCCACAGCCAGCAGUUUCCUGUCUGAAGAUCAGUUCCUGUGCUCCAUCUGUCUUGAGGUUUUCACAGAGCCCGUUUCUGUUCCAUGUGGACACAACUUCUGCAGGGCCUGUAUCAGCAGGCACUGGAAGGACAAAGAGUGGUGUCAAUGUCCACUUUGCAACGAGAAGUUCAACAAGGGGCUCAAACUUUGCGUUAACACAGAAUUUAGGGAAGUUGUGGAGAAUUUCAAGAAACAUCGUGUGACAGCUAAAAAUGAUUACCCAGUCAAAGAAGGAGAAGUUCCAUGUGACUGUUGCCUUGGCAACAAGUUCAAAGCCUCUAAAACCUGUUUGGUCUGUUUGACCUCUUAUUGUGAGACACACCUAGAGCCUCAUCAGAGAGUUGCGGCCUUAAUGAGACACAAAUUGACUGAUCCUGUGAAGAAGCUGGAGGACAAAAUAUGCAAGAAGCAUAACAGGAUUUUAGAGCUCUUCUGCAGGGAUGACCUGACCCAUGUUUGUGCCCUUUGUACAGAACAUAGGGCACACGAUACAGUCCCUUUAGAGGAAGAGUAUGAAGAGAAGAAGGCUCAGGAGGAAAAGGAAAAGUCAGAAGUACAGUAUAUAAAACUGAAGCGACACAAGAAGGCUCAGAAGAAGAAAGUAGCAGCGCAGACCAAAAGGAAAGACAAGGAUGAAGCAAUAGCAAACAGUGUUGUGUCUAAUCAGUUGCAAGCUCCUAAUGAAGGCCCUCACGAAAUCAAUAGAUGUUCCUGUGUCCCUGGAAGUGGACAGGAGAGGGGCCUCUUUGACAGGCGAUUCUACAUUGAGGUUCAGACCAAGUGGAAAACAGGCUGGCAUUUAGGAGUAGUCAGAGAGUCGAUGCGUGGGAAGAAGACAUUCAAACCUAACUUCAGGAAUAGAAACUCGAACAUCAGCUUAAGGAAUAACACCAACUGCAUGGCUCUACAUAACAUCCCUGUCCACCUCUACUUGAUAAGGAAUCCUGAUAGAGUCUGGUUAUUUGUGGAUUAUGAGAAGGGAUUGGUGUCCUUCUAUGAUGCAGACACCGAAACUCUGAUCUACUCUUUUAUUGGCUGCAAAUUCAGUGACAAAAUCAUCCUAUUCUUUAGCCCCGGUCUUACUGAGCAUGGUCUAAACUGUGCCCCUCUGGUCCUCUCACCUGCUGAAAACUGGGAACAGAAGCUACAAAAGAUGGCUCAGAAGGCAAAGUAUAUUUGGGCACAAUUUAUGGAAGCCUUAUUUAGCUUUAUUUUUAUUGUCUUUGUCCUUGUCAUUGUCGACACAUACAAAACAGAGUAGAAAUAGAUUAUGAUGAAAUCUAAAUCUAGUCGAAUCUGAUCAUGUUAAACCCAGCUCAUGGAUAUUUUGGAAAACCGGGCCAUGCAUACAUCUGUCAGUAAGCUCAGUUUGACUGGAAUUAAUUGCUGUCUCCCUCUUUAAUGGCUUUUUGAUAUUUGUUGGAGAUGAAGUAUCAUGUUUAUCUUUCAUCUGUAUAUAUAUUUUUUGUAAAUACACAUAAUUUUUCAUUUAACAAAAGCCUUGUUAACACAUAAAAUGUAUUGGGAAUAUGUUGUACAACAGCUUAAAAACUGCUACAGUGGUGGAUGUACUUGCAGAGGCAGGGACAGAUAAAACCAGCAUCUCCUUCCGGUCACAAACUCAUCUGCCACUUAAUCACACAUAACAAAAUUGAAGUUUCAUUAACAAUAUGAAUGUUUUUGAAAUUGUAUUUAGACUUUUGUAUUAUUGUUUUGUUAAUUGGGAUUGAAUACCAGGUGUUUGAUAUACAGAAUUUAUGUACAUAAAGUUGCCCUUCUUUAUUAAAUAUGAUGUCAUUCUGAAAUUUCUGAAAUGAAUCAAACACUCUACACAUUUAGAGUAUGAACAGUGUAUAAUGUUUAGCUGGUAAAAAAGUGUUGAGUAUUAUGACAGAGGCUUUAUUCAAAUACACCACUAGAGGGAGCAAUCUACUAAAUCAUAAUAACAGUUGUUCUCACUCCCUAUUAGAUUCAGGUAGAGAUAUAACAUGACAAUUUAUACAGAGGAAAUACUUCAUUGCACACUUAGCCACCACAUUUGGAGUCUUUAUUAGGUUUUUGUCAGCAGGAGCGGUCAUGUACAAGCCUUAAACUUGUACAUUAGGUAAAUUAGCUGCUUAGCUCCUCAAAGUCUGACUCUAAACUGAUAAAAGGCUAUAGGGGCUUUAAAAUAUCUGAUAUAACUAAAUUAACAGGUUCACCAUGUUAUGAGUUUAUGAAUAUACCAAUGCAACAAAACCUUGGUGUAUUGUUUAGGCUGUUGGAAUUUUUCUUUUUUUCUUUCAUUUCUAAUUCAUUUCAGUUGCCUUAUCUUUUUCAAGUGUAGCAAUUUCCACCAUUUGAAAAAAAAGAGGUUUUUUCAGUCUAACACUUAUGACUGUCCUGUGUGCCUCUUCAUGACAGUGGAGAUAAGAGAGACUGUAGAAAA